AUGGGGAAUAAGAAGCACAUGCUUUCAAAGCUCCUUUUUGCUUGUUUUGUGUAUGAAGGUGAUAAUAUGAUUUCAGUUGGAGGAGUGGUGAUUAUGUUUAGUUUUCUGGUGGUGGCAUGUGCUAACAGUGGACCGGAGGGUGAUGAAAAGGGUAAGGGCAAGGCACUGACACAAAGUGAUGCAAAUGCCAUCUGUAGUAUAGUUAGGAAGCUGAGGGAACUGAGGAACAAUGUGACACAUAAUAUGAAAUUCGGGGAGAAAAUAGUGGAAGACUGUGAAAAAAUUGUAGCUCACUACAGUGCACGUGUUCGAACAAAAACAAUUUUAGUGGAUGUUCUGAAAGAAGUAAUUCCAGAUGGAGGUAAAAGAGUGAAUGAGGUGGCAAAGUUGUUGAUUGAAACGGAAGAGUCACUAUUGGAGUUAAAAAAAAGCAUUAAAAACAUGAAUACUUCACUGCGGGCUAUGAGGUUGCCAUCGUGGAACCUUCUGAAUAUGUCUGACUCGUACGCGUACUGGAUUAAGGAUAUGGUGGAAGUUUUCCACCAUGCAGCACUAGGAUAUGGAAAUUGCUGUCUUGUGGUGGAUGGAGGGGCAACUGGCGAUUGCAUAAGAGGUGGUAAACGCGGCAGUGUUCCCAGAGACUGCACAGUUGAGCCACCACAGCACAGCGAGGGUGGCCUUGCUGAGUAUGAAAAUCCUCUUAAUACAGAACUCAGUUUGACUAUGGGAAAUGCAGGAGAUCAAGGUGCCGAUGCUGUUUAUGGAUGCUAUAUCACGACGACAUACCAGCCGUACACAAAAGGGAAGAAGCCCUUUAUCAAUGAACUUUCUGGUGGCCUCUUUUACACACAGAAUGACAGACUUAUGGCAAACUUCAGUUCUAUUGGAGAAGAAUUUCAGGAACUAAUCGAUCUGCUGAGUGCCAGCGUCAUAAAGAUAUCUGCAGGAAACACCUCCAUCACAGCUCAACGAGCUGUACUCGAUAGGUUGCUUCUGGAACUUGAAGAAAAAGUCAGAAGUAUUGUUAAAAUGAAGGAAAGGACCAAUGAACUUACGGAAACAUUAGGAAACGCGAAGGAUUCUCCAUGGAAUGAUAAUUAUAGUGAAGAUAAUAAUGGUGUGGUGAAGUUUCAACAAACUCUACCAUGGGUAGCGUUGCUUUUGUGCGUCUUGGUACCGUUUUAG